GCAAGGCGGCCCAGAGCAGCCUGGGAGAUGUAGUCCUCGGACCGUUCCCGCAAGAGGCUGCACAGCCCGCCCCGACCACCGCCGUCGCGCCCGCCGCCGCCCGGCCGGCGCCCUCCCGUUUCCUUCCUCCAGGGGGAAAAAAUGUCCUGCGGGCCGCUUUCCAGGAAGCAGCGGGAUGUGCCGCUCCACCGUCAGUAGCAUCAAGGUCAGCCCUCCCUGCCUGUUUCUUUUCUCUCAGCUCUCGUGCUCAGCUGCGCAAACCAUGCAGGAUGAUUUACUGAUGGACAAAAGCAAAACCCAGCCCCAGUCCCAGCAGCAGCGGCAGCAGCAGCAGCAGCCCCAGCCCGAGCCCGGCACAGCCGAAGCCCCGUCCACGCCCCUGUCCUCAGAGACCCCCAAGCCGGAGGACAGCAGCGCAGUGCCGGCCCUCAGCCCCGCCGCGGCCCCGCCGGCCCCCAACGGCCCCGACAAGAUGCAGAUGGAAUCGCCGCUCCUGCCGGGCUUGGGUUUCCACCAGCCCCCUCAGCAGCCGCCGCCGCCGCCGCCGCAGGAGCCCGCGGCGCCGGGCGCGUCGCUGUCGCCGUCCUUCGGCAGCACCUGGUCCACGGGCACCACGAACGCGGUAGAGGACAGCUUCUUCCAGGGGAUCACGCCAGUCAACGGGACCAUGCUCUUCCAGAACUUCCCUCACCACGUCAACCCGGUCUUCGGAGGCACCUUCUCCCCGCAGAUGAGCCUGGCGCAGACCCAGCACCACCAGCAGCCGCCGCCGCCCGCACCGCAGCCCGCGCAGCCCGCGCAGCCCCCGCAGGCGCAGCCCUCGCAGCAGCGCCGGUCGCCCGCCAGCCCCAGCCAGGCUCCCUAUGCGCAGAGGGGCGCCGCCGCGGCGUACGGUCACCAGCCCAUCAUGACUAGCAAGCCGUCCUCGUCCUCGGCCGCCGCGGCUGCCGCGGCCGCCGCGGCUGCCGCCUCGUCCGCGUCGUCCAGCUGGAACACGCACCAGAGCAUGAACGCGGCCUGGAGCGCGCCGUCCAACCCGUGGGGCGGCCUGCAGGCGGGCCGGGACCCUCGCCGGGCUGUCGGCGUGGGCGUGGGCGUGGGCGUCGGGGUGCCUUCACCGCUCAACCCCAUCUCGCCGCUCAAAAAGCCCUUCUCCAGCAACGUGAUCGCGCCGCCCAAGUUCCCCCGCGCGGCCCCGCUCACCUCCAAGUCCUGGAUGGAGGAUAACGCUUUCCGGACGGACAAUGGUAACAAUCUGUUGCCAUUUCAGGACCGGAGUAGGCCCUAUGACACUUUUAACUUGCACUCGUUGGAGAACUCCUUAAUGGAUAUGAUAAGGACUGAUCAUGAGCCUCUGAAAGGUAAACACUACCCUCCCAGUGGCCCACCAAUGAGUUUCGCUGAUAUAAUGUGGAGGAAUCAUUUUGCAGGACGCAUGGGAAUAAAUUUUCAUCAUCCAGGAACAGAUAAUAUUAUGGCACUUAACAGUCGAUCUUCUCUCUUUCCCUUUGAAGAUGCCUUCCUGGACGACAGUCACGGCGAUCAGUCCUUGUCAUCCGGCUUAAGUUCUCCCACUCGCUGUCAAAAUGGGGAGCGAGUAGAACGCUACUCUAGAAAGGUGUUUGUUGGAGGCCUUCCUCCUGAUAUCGAUGAAGAUGAGAUCACUGCCAGCUUUCGCAGGUUUGGACCUCUCGUCGUAGACUGGCCUCACAAAGCUGAAAGCAAGUCGUAUUUUCCUCCUAAAGGCUAUGCCUUUCUGCUGUUCCAGGAGGAGAGCUCAGUACAAGCUUUGAUAGAUGCCUGCCUAGAAGAAGACGGGAAACUGUACCUGUGCGUGUCAAGCCCCACCAUCAAGGAUAAACCGGUGCAAAUUCGACCAUGGAACCUAAGUGACAGUGACUUUGUAAUGGAUGGUUCUCAGCCUUUGGACCCCAGAAAAACUAUCUUUGUUGGGGGAGUUCCACGACCCCUUCGAGCUGUUGAACUGGCAAUGAUCAUGGACCGUUUGUAUGGCGGUGUCUGCUAUGCUGGCAUUGAUACGGACCCAGAGCUGAAGUACCCCAAAGGUGCUGGCCGCGUGGCAUUCUCCAAUCAGCAGAGUUACAUUGCAGCCAUCAGCGCUCGCUUUGUGCAGCUCCAACACAAUGACAUUGACAAACGGGUGGAAGUGAAGCCAUAUGUGCUGGAUGAUCAGAUGUGUGAUGAGUGCCAGGGCACACGCUGUGGUGGGAAGUUUGCCCCAUUCUUCUGUGCCAACGUCACCUGUCUGCAGUAUUACUGCGAAUACUGCUGGGCGAGCAUACAUUCCCGCGCCGGGCGGGAGUUCCACAAACCGCUGGUGAAGGAGGGAGGUGACCGCCCUCGCCAUGUCCCGUUCCGCUGGAGCUGAGCCCAGGGUAUACCCAGCCACAAGUACUGGAGUAGAUAACAAGGAGGGAAAAGAGAGGGCACUGCCUCAGGGCUUACAGUGUUCUGGAAAUCUGUGCAUUUGUUCUCGAUUUUUAAAGAAGAAAUGGGUCUUUUUAUUAUUAUUAUUAUUUACAGUCAUAUUACUGAACUCAGUGUCCAGUAUAAUGCAGAAUUGCAGAGUGUAUAACGGUACUGAUUUGCACUUUGAUUCACACCUUUGUCUGCUUGGUACCUUAAUUUCUUACACCUGAUUUGUCACUCGUAGACUGCCAUUCUCAUCAGCGGCCAUCAGGUUGAUGUCUGUGAUUUUUUUGUUUGUUGUUGUUGUUGUAUUGUUAUUGUUUUGAUCGUUUUUGAACUGGAGCAUGCACUUAUUUUCAGAAACUUAGAGAAUCGCCCCUAGGAGAAGACUUACCAAAGGUAAUACUCGUGAGUAGGUGGCAGAUGUAGCAAAAACUUCACAACAAUUCAGCAAUCGUUAGUUGGGGUCAUUUAGAGUAAGGAAAACCCUUAAUGAAAAUAAGCCUUUAGUUGCUCUCUAUUUUGACAUGUAAGGAUACCUCAUAAGCUGAAUCUUUAUUUUUCCUUCAUGUUUAAUUUUUGUUUUGCUGAGGAUUUUGGUUAGAUCUUUUAGUGUUAUGUAAAUUUAUGCUGCAAUAGCUUUUGCUGCUAUUAAAGUGGUAUUAUUAAUACCAUAAUACUCUAUUCAGGCUAAGGUAUCAAUUACAAAAAACCCAACAACAUACUUUUGUGAUUUAGGGAUAGAAUCAGCUGCCGAAAGGAGAUCAGAAUAGACUUGAGAAAGCUUCAACGGAAGGUCACUAUUUCUGACUGCAUGUUUACUUAAUCAGGUUGCUGCAUGCAAUAAAUUUUAUAUCUGAUGUCUAGUAUAAAACCUUCCCACAAUGCACAAAUUAAGAAAAUCUAUAUAAGCUAUAAAAUACUGAUUUUUUUAAAAAAGAUUUUUUUCAUUCAAAGAAGUGGUAAUUGACUGGAGGAAGGCAUGCCUCAAUAAAUGGAAUGCUUCGGAAAUUAGGAACAGCCCAUAACAGAAUGACCUAUAUUACAACCAAUAUAAAACCUAGGUGUAGGAUAUUCUUAAAGCAAAUUUGUGGAUGGUAGAUGAAGUAUUUUGCGGUGCUCUGUUAUAUAUUGUGCAAUUUAUUUUAUAUAGUAAAGUGAUUAUGUCUAACUGUGAUCAAACUUAACUGUUUAAAGCCUCUGUGUCAGACGUUAACGAACUUGACAGUUCAUAACUGGUAUAUUAUUAACUAACACAUGAGCUCUUAGUUACAAUCUCCUAGUGCUUGCACCAUUUUACAUAGCUUCAGACCUUGUCCAGAAAACCAAAGAGCUCAUCUUAGCUUACAAACACUAGGAAUAUAUACAGUAUAUAGAGAUAAGUUGUCAAUUGACAAACUAGGCACAUUUUAAGAAAGUUGCGUGAUCGUGAUGCUAAAGAAAUGUCUGUACAAAAUAAGAUGGCCUGGGCAGGGUUGGUUGUCUGGGUGAGAAAUUAACUACUUAAUUCCCUGGAUUUAUCCUGUAAAGCUUGAAUAGAAUUCAGACCUGCUAGUACUACCAUGGACAUUUUUUUAGCAUUCACUCUUGGGCUGCAGAUAGUAAUAUAUAAACACACACAAUGAUUAUGAGACUAUGUAAAUCUUUUUUUAAAUCUUCUUCCUAUGUUUUGGAAUUCUGGGGACAAUCUGACUGGAUAUGACACUGCAGAAUAGAUUUAAGUCGCUGUGUUUUAUGUGCUGUGAUGUCCUUGUACUGUCUUAAUAUCGCUUGGUUUUGUUUUGUUUUGUUUCUCCAGUGUUUAGUUGCAAUUAACAGCUCUCAAACUAUAGUUUGUUUUCAAAAAGGAAAAAACAAAAUAGUUUUUUACUGGAUUAAAAAUGCUUAUUAGAAUUCUCCCCCUUUGAGGUUACCUCUGGGCUUUUUGGUAAUAAUUGCUUUUUUCCAGCCCAGCUGUGGUUUUCUGUUUGUUUUUUUUCUAUGUUUGUGGUUUUUUUCAUCUGUACAAGAAAUUUUGUUAUGCACUACUACUUUUUGUAUUCUAGACAGUUUUCAAAAGUUGGCUGAAGAUUUUUUUGUUUGUUUGUUUUUAAGGAAAAAGGCAUGCUUUCUGACUGACAUGAUCUUUUGCAAUACCUCAAUUUUGAAAUAUAGGAAAGAAAAUGAUAUUUUCUAAGUAAGUUUAUUCAGAAAAAUAUAUAUUAAUUUAAUUCUGCAAGAAAAAUGAUUUAACAGAUGGGUAACUUUAUUUUUUUCAUGAUUAUUUGUGUUUUUUGAAAAUGAAGAAGUUAGAGCUUUAUAACUAUAAUAUUAAAGAUCAUAUCUAACCUACAGAAAUCUACCUAAUUAUGUGAAAGAAGCAAAACUUUUUGAAGAAGCACCCCUCUUUCAUGUACUAAAAUAACACUGAGAUUUUAAAAAAAAAGCUGGAAUAUUGUACAGCAUAAAGCUGAAGCGAAGGCGAAAAAGCAUUGUCAUAAAGAAUAGGUUACAAAAAAUAAACUCCAUUUGGUGCUGAAAGUUGUGAAUAGGUGGUGGAAACUACUUUCCCUUAAUUUGUAUAUUUAUAAUCAAGCGUUGAUUGUGCACGACUGACCAGGAUUGUGAAAGAGUUCUUCUGUUUGUAUUUUUUUAAAGAGAACUUUUUUAGUUUAUUAAAUUAUAACAUGUUCCCUUUUGUUUUGUAAAUAAAUGUGCCCCCAAGUUGUUAAUGUUAUAUUAAAAGAGAGGGUCCUUCAAAAAAAAUUAUUUUUUAAAACACAGAGGUGUUCUGACCUGCAACUUGAUGGGAAGCCCCCGGGUAUCACAGGUCCUGUUGUGGCCUUUCCUUGAUGUGACACUUGAACUAGUCGAUUUUUUGAAGGCUAUAACCUAACCUCGACUAUUUGUUGUUAUGUGCAAUACUGUUUGUA